AUGCCAAUCGAUGGUAUUAUUCUUGGUUGUGGUGCUAGUGGUGCUGCUGGUGGCAAUGAUGGUGGUUGCGGUGGUUGCGGUGGUGGCGGUGGUGGUUCUGCAACUCCUAGAGAUGCAUCGUGUGAACUCGUCGCUUCGGGAAGUGGAUUUCCGCUCAUCAUUCCUUGA